UAUGCCCAGUGAGGUCUAUUGCCUCCGAGCGUAUUCUCUCCGCGUUCUGUAGGAUGUCGCAGUGGUUCGGAAUAACUAAUCGAUCAUAUAUAUCUCGAGGACUGGUGGAAAGUGUAAACAAAAUUCCGUUGUUAAUUCCGCAUUCUCAAAAAAAAAAAAAAAAAAAAAAAAACGUCACUAGCAAGAUUAAAGAAGCAUGAGUUACUUAUCAUCAGGAAACCACCGGAUUAUCAAAUCGAAACAAAAAAUCUAACACAAAGGCUCGCGUCUAGAAGCCUACAAUAUGCCUCGUGAACAGUUAAAGCCGCAUUUGGUCUCAGACUUGCGAGAGGGUACGGCGCGCUGAUCCUGUCCCGGCCGUGUGUGUUUUUUUACAGAGAUAAUUCUCAGGUGACACACUGUUUCAGUUUGUGAUCUGAGUUUGAUAGAAUGGACUAUCAUAAAUUCUUCUCGGAAAAUGCUCGUCGUCGCCUCCCAUCGUGGAUUGGAGCCCUUAGGAAGUACAUCGUGAAUCCCCCGCCGGACAUGCUGUGGCUGGCAGGAGGUCUCCCCAACGACGCGAUCUUCCCGUUUUACGAAGCGACGGUCAAGCUGAGAGACGGUCAGGUCCUCGAAGUGGGUCCUGAGCUCAUGGCGAAGGGCCUGCAAUACGGAGGUCCUACAGGUUACGGCCCGCUUUUGGAGCACCUGUCGGACCUGACCCAGCGGCUGCACUCGCCCCCGCGCUGGUCGAGCAGCAAACAGGUGGUCACUGUGGGGGGCCAGGACGGCAUCGCCAAGGCCUUCGUCAUGCUAACUGAUCCCGGCGACUACGUGAUCAUCCCUGAGCCUUGUUACGCUGGCAUAUUCUCGGAGUUGAGUGCGCUCGCCCCUCACUAUCUCCCUGUCGAAGAGGACCAGGAGGGCAUGAAACCCGAUGCUUUGAGGUCAACCUUGUCUCGCUGGAAGGCCGAGACUGGAGGAAUUGAGGCUGGGAAAAGGAUUAAGUACAUGUACAUUAACCCGAGCGGCAGCAAUCCCUCGGGAACCACGCUGAGUGAGGCUCGACGUCGGGAGAUCUACGCCCUUGCCUGCGAGUACGACUUCCUCAUCCUCGAGGACGACCCCUACUACUUCUUGCAGUUUAUCGAUGAGUUUCCGCCGAGCUUCCUGAGCCUGGACACGGAGGGUCGAGUCCUGAGGUUCGACUCCUUCUCCAAGACGCUCAGCGCUGGACUCCGGGUGGGCUACCUCACGGGGCCGACGCCUCUCGUCGAAAAGAUCAACCAGCACAUAAUGGCUACAGUGCUGGGUUCAGCAGGCCUGUCUCAGGUACUGAUAGCCGAGUUGUUUAACCUCUGGGGCUUAGACGGGUUCCUUCAGCACGUGAAAGAAGUUCGGCAGUUUUACCGAGGCAAACGGGACGCCAUCUUGCAAGCGGCAGAAAAACAUCUUACUGGUCUCUGUGAAUGGAAUGUGCCUCAAGGUGGAAUGUUUCUGUGGAUUAAGGUGCUUGGAGUGAAGGACACGGAGGAUAUGCUUCUGGAGCGAAGUGCAGGCAGAAACGUCCUUCUGGUUCCUGGGAAAGGCUUCACCACCAAGUUCGAUGUUCCUUGCCAGUACAUGAGGGCUUCUUACUCCACCGUCACACCUGAGCAGAUGGAUAAAGCCUUCAGAAUUCUUGCGGAAGUGAUCAGAGAAGAAAUGCAAAAGCCUUAACCGAAAGAUUCUUAGUUGCUUUUAAUUUCUAAUUCCUAUUUUCAAGUUCAUGUUUUCCACUGUUAACAUUCCAAAUGUGUGUUGUUCACUAAUGCAAAUCAUCGAAAUAGGUUCGUUUUACCACAAUUAUUAUUCAAGUUGCAGUGCCCUAUCUUUACUGAAGAUUAGCUUUGUCAAUCAGCUCGCCAAUGCUAAUAGUUUGAAAAUACUGUGCGUGUUUUUGUAAAUCUUUUAAAACCAAGAGUCGCUUCCUGUAACUUUGCUGUAACUAUUUUUCUGUGAGAUCUAUUUUUUCGCGAGGAUAUUCUGACUAUUGUACAGACUGUAAUUACGAAUGUAUUUGACAUAAUAAAUUCUGUUUGAAAUUCA